UAAUUAAUGCAUUAUAAAUUAUUAUAAAUUAAUGGACUAUUUGUGAAAAAGCCGCAGGAUAAAAACAUAUUAUCAGAUGAAAGUGUAAUCAAGCAUUCGUUCGGAGUUCGGCGAAGUAAUAAGCGAAUGAUUUCUUACACAUAUUUAGAUUAUAUAUAAUUAGAUUUAAAUUUAAAUAACGAAUGCUCGUUUGCAGUUUCAUUUUAUCAAAUUUUACUAAAAUGCGGCGAACAGCGAGCAUUCGCUUAGACUUAGUUGGUCUAAACUGUUGGCCACACUGUUAUUAUGAACAAUUUUAACUAGAAAUUUCAUUUGAAAGAUCUAGCUCAUGUAUCUUCAGUCGUAACAAAUCGGACGAAAAAAUUAAAUCGAUCUAAUUCUUUGCAUGUAUGAACGACGUUGGAUGACCAAUAUCUGUGUAUCUGUUUUAGGUUUUUUCAGGCUAUGGAUUUGCAGAGGAACAUAGCAGCUAGAUUAGUGGAUAUUUGCGCCUACAUAAAAUGUAACAAUAGUCGACUUCGAGGAAAUCAUCUUUAUUGCUUUCCGAAAGAAAACAAUCCGCUUCGUAAAGAAUGGAUUUCAAGAGUUGGCAAUCCAGCUCUACAAUAUUAUGCUAGCUCUACCAUAAGAAGAAUGGGUAUCUGUGCUGAACAUUUCUCACCUGAAAUGUUUAAACCAAACCGUACACAAAAUAUCAGUAGAAGGAAAAUGUUGAAAAUGGAUGCUGUACCUCAACCACCAAAAGAUAUAUUAGAAAAUAAAGAAGAAAAAGAAGAGGAUGUACAUGAAAGACAGCUGGUGAGAGAAGAAGGGGAAAAAGGAAAUGAAGAAGGAGGAAAAGGGGACGAACAACAAUGCGACUACCAACAACGACAACAGCAACAACAAAAUGCAAGAGAAGAAGAGGUAGCAAAAAAAGAAGAAGAAGAAAAAGAAUUACGUGUUAAUAAACCAUUGCUGAAUUAUACAAGAGUGCCAUUUACAUUUUGUGACAAUGAGGAUACAAUGCAAUGGGUAAUGAUUGAACCAGAAAUGACAAACUACAAAGUACAAAUUGAAAAUUCUCAAAAUAAAACAUUUUGUGAAGUGAAAUUGGAAAAUGAAUGUGUUCAGCUCAUGAAAGAGAAUAGAGAUUUAAAAGCACAAUUAAAAUAUCUGAAACAAAAAGUCAAACGAAUCAAAACCUCCAGAGAUCAUUUUUAUAACAAGUUGCGCAAAGUAGAGACUGUGGAUGAAUUUUUAGAUAGACAUGGGUGUAAAAGCAACGUCGUAAGGACUUUCAUUAAGUUGCAACUGAAAGGUGAAAAUUUGUCAUAUACAACCGAAGAACAAGAUUUAGCAAAAAUGAUAUUUUACAAUUCUGCAUCAGUUUAUAAUAAACUAAGGAUAAGCGGAUGUCAUUUACCAGCUGAGAGCACAAUACGGAGGUGGGUCUGAAUCUAUAAUUCAAAGAAAAAAAAUGGAGAAGAGAUGGAAACAACCAUUAGCAUAUUUCUGAGUUUUACCAGAAACAGAAGAAAUGAAAAGUGAUGAAGUAAUUGCAUUACUAAAAAUAUGCUUAACACAAUUAAAAGAAAAUGGAGCACACGUAAAAAUUUUAACAUGUGAUUAGUACUCAACUAAUCAGAAAAUAUAUAGAGAAUUAGAACUAUUGGGGAAGGAUUCAUUUUUCAUUUAUGAAAGUACAAUCUAUUAUGCGACUUUCAAUUUUCUUUAUCUAAUUAAACACUUACUUGUGCAAUUAAGAAAUCAUGAAAAUAUUAGGAGUAUGUUGGGAAUAAAUUAUUGUAAUUGUUGGAUUAGUUGUUUAAGUUUUUCAUUUAUUGUAUCGUUUUUCGUUAUAUGAACACCAAAUUUUUGCAAAUACAUCUUUCAAAAUAUGUCA